AAGCGCGAAAACAGCGGAGAAAGUGUGUGGCCGCCGUUUUGUUUUGUUAUGAUUCGUGUCGCAAUCGGCGGCGUAUAAAGUGUCUGUAUCGCCAACGAAAGGGAGAGGGCAGACGGACGGACGUGAAGCGCGAUCUCGAUCCUUCCGAGACCGGGAUCCUAGAUGAGAGAGUCCACGCGACAAUCCUGCGAGCCGCGAUACGAUGCGAUAGCUUUCGCCGAGGUAUUCCCGCGGUCAUCGUCCAGGUGGUCGGCGUCAAGCUGGUGGAUUCCGAUCCUCCGUGAGUCACCUGCAGUAUGCUCAGGGUGUGCGACAGGCGGAUAUUAUGGCUGCAGGUGAGGCCAGCACGGCGAAGCCUCGUCAAGAGAAACAAUACGACUACCUGCUCAAGUUUCUUCUGGUGGGCGACAGCGACGUCGGCAAACAGGAGAUCCUGAGCGGCCUCGAGGACGGCGCCGCGGAGUCGCCGUUCUGCAGUGGCAGCGCUUACAAAACUACCACUAUUCUACUGGAUGGGAAACGAGUAAAGCUACAGCUAUGGGACACAUCAGGCCAAGGUAGAUUCUGCACAAUCAUUCGGUCUUAUUCUAGAGGUGCUCAAGGUAUACUCCUGGUAUAUGAUAUCACUAACAAAUGGUCCUUUGAUGGCAUCGAUAGGUGGUUAAAAGAAGUAGAAGAGCAUGCACCCGGUGUACCAAAAGUAUUGGUUGGCAAUCGUCUGCACUUGGCUUUCAAGAGACAAGUAGGGGAACGAGAUGCAGAGACUUAUGCGGCUAAAAAUCGAAUGGCGUUUUUCGAGGUCUCGCCUCUCUGCGACUUCAAUAUUCGCGAGAGCUUUUCAGAACUCUCCCGCAUGGCGCUGCAUAGGAACGGCAUGGAAAGAUUAUGGCGAUCCAAUAAAGUGCUCAGCCUGCAAGAAUUGGCAUGUCGCGCGAUAGUGGCCCGAACGACGGUUUAUGGUAUCGACCAACUGCCGUUGCCCAAGUCGAUCAAGUCGCACUUGAAAUCGUACGCCAUGACAACUACGACCCAGUUACGCUAUAACGGCCGUUCAUCAAGUUCCAGCAAGAGUCUGGGAUCGCAUCAUCGGAAGCUGCGCUUCGUCGGAGUAGGUCAUAACGGAUUGUCGACGCCCGGAAGUUCGCCCGGCAGCAUCACUGAUUCCCGUACAAGUUGCGUCGGUCGUAAUUCCUGCACAGUGUCUUGAGAAUGACAGAGGGACGAAAUCAGGGUAGAGCGGUUACUUACAAAAUGACAGAAACUCGGCGCACUCGAGCCUUCUUCCUUCGCUCCCCCGUUUUAUCAAGAAUACAAACGCGCGUCUUGCGAUUAUUUCAUAAUCGAUAGCGAUUACUGUUAGAUUACUACAAGAGACAGUAUAAGUAUAAAUGCAAUUCUCCAAUUUGUCACUUGCCAAUGUUGGACGGAUACUCUUGUUGCGUUUAUUAUGGAAGACACAUGUUUCAUAUAUAUAUUUUCACAUUUGCAAACAAAUUAUUCACGUGCACAAAUUAUGAUGAGCAGUUGACGAGCUUAAGAGAGGCAAACUGUCAUGUGCCAUUCGCGAGAUAAGAAAAGAAAGAAACAUUAUACAAGUAAGGAAAGAAAUCCUUAAAUGUUAUUAUUAAGUGCAUCAUAUUACACGAUGUUACAUCGAUCAGAGCUCGUAUUUUCCUGUCGUGAAAGGGAACGCGUUAGGAGAUUACAAAGUAAAAAAAAAAAA